CCUUGCGCGCCGACCCGCCCCUUCUCUCCGCCCCCUCCCUUAGCCUGGCGCAGACGGGAAGGGGGAGCCCCCCUCCUCUCCACGAAGCGAGGGGGCCUGGCCGCCCCCCUUCCCUCUCUCCUGCAUUGGAGGGUUGAGCAGGAGGGGGGUGCGAGAUGCUCGUAAUGGAAGCGGGCCCCCCGCGACCGACAAUGCCUGAAGCAUCAGAAGAUCAUAACCACUGGGAAGCUUGUUGACUAAUAUUUCCUGAGAAGCUUGGUAAUAACAACAGUCUGGCAUGGCGCAGGGCAGCCAGCCACUCGACAUGCAGGUACUCCAUGACCUCCGGCAACGUUUUCCUGAAAUUCCUGAAGUUGUGGUGUCUCAGUGUAUGCUUCAGCACAACAACAACGUUGAUGCUUGUUGUCGAGUUCUUGCACAGGAGAGUAACAAAUACUUGUAUAUGGAAUAUCAUAGCCCAGAUGACACGCGAAUGAACAGGAAUCGCCUUCUGCAUAUUAACCUGGGCAUCCAUCCUCAUGCCAGCUAUCAUGGAGGGGAUGGAGCUCAACUUAAUGGUGGUCGUACACUGGUACAUAGUUCAAGCGAUGGACAUAUUGAUCCACAACGCACCACAGGUAAACAGCUGAUAUGCUUGGUUCAAGAACCACAUUCUGCUCCAGCUGUUGUGGCAGCUUCUCCCAACUACAAUCCAUUUUUUAUGAAUGACCAGAAUAGAAAUGCAGCUACUCCUCCUCCUCAACCACCUCAACAACCUUCUUCCAUGCAGCCUGGAAUGAAUACAUCUGCUAUGCAAGGCCCUCCUCCUCCUCCUACAUAUAUGCACAUACCUCGGUACAGCACAAAUCCAAUAACUGUUACAGUGUCUCAAAACCUCCCCUCUGGACAGAGUGUACCCAGAGCUUUACAAAUUCUCCCCCCUAUUCCAAGCAAUCCUUAUGGGAAUCCUGGCUCACUGUAUAUUAGACAGACAUCUCAAAGUUCUUCAGGACGACAGACUCCGACACAGAAUACGCAAUGGCACUCCCAAGGUCCAGUCCCACAUUAUAGUCCACAUCCGUUACCUGUUUAUCCUCAUCAACAGAAUUAUCAGCCUUCUCAGUAUUCUCCAAAACAGCCCCAGAUUCCUCAGUCACCUUUUCGAUCGCCACCUACUUCUCAGUGCCCCUCUCCAUUUGGUUCACCUCAGCAUCAAGUUCAACCUCCCCAGAUAGGACAUCAGAGUUCCCAUGUAUUUAUGCCACCUAGUCCUUCAACUGUGCUACCCCAUCCAUAUCAACAAACUCCCCAGACUUAUCAAAAACAAGGUGGACACUCAGUAUCUUAUCUCCCGUAUGGUGGACCUAGCUUAUCCAAAGUUUCCAUGAAAAAGAUAGAAAUUACAGUUGAGCCACCACAACGACCUGGGACUUCAAUGAAUAGGAGCCCUUCGCCUAUAAGUAACAAAUCAACCCAACGAAACCAGCACCCACUGUAUGCACCUGCUACUCCUUCAAGUUCUCCUUCCAGAAGCAUGUCGGGUCAGCCGAAACCUCCUUAUAGUGUUAAUCCUGUGUAUAUAACAUACACACAACCAGCUGGACCUACUGGCGCGCUUACACAGUCACCCCGGGUAAUGGUAUCUCAACCAAAUCCUGCAGUUUUUAAGAUUACAGUGGGUCGAGCACCGGCUGAGAACCUUUUAAAUUUAGUGGACCAAGAAGAGCGUUCUGCAGCACCAGAGCCUAUUCAGCCUAUUUCAGUUGUACCAGGAUCUGGAGGUGAAAGAGGAAGUCAUAAGUACCAGAGGAGUUCCAGUUCUGGAUCAGAUGACUAUGCCUAUACUCAAGCCUUGCUCCUGCAUCAACGUGCAAGGAUGGAGAGAUUAGCAAAGGGACUGAAGCUUGAAAAUGAGGAGCUUGAGAAGCUUAAAUCUGAAGUGAAUGGUAUGGAGCAUGACCUUAUGCAAAGGCGUCUCAGAAGAGUGAGCUGUACAACCUCAAUCCCGACACCUGAAGAAAUGACCAGAUUGAGAAGCAUGAACAGACAGCUCCAGAUCAAUGUUGACUGUACACAGAAAGAAAUUGACCUCCUGCAGUCUAGAGGAAACUUUGACCCGAAAGCCAUGAGUAACUUUUAUGAUAACUUAGAGCCUGGUCCUAUUGUGCCACCAAAGCCAUGUAAAAAAGACCAUCAAAGCAGUUCCAAGCAAGCUGUUCGAUCACAGCCACGAGAUGAAGACUUUGAAGGAGCUCCGUGGAAUUGUGAUAGCUGUACUUUUUUGAACCACCCAGCACUGAAUCGCUGUGAGCAAUGUGAAAUGCCACGGUAUGCCUGAAUCCACUAAGGGCUGCUUUGGAUUUUUUAAAAAAAGGCUCUUGAGCACACAGCCAUAGGAGAAGGAGUCAGGGAGCACCUUUCAGUCCAUCUGCCAGGCAUUUGCCAGCCAAUCAUUGUCAAAUUGUGAGAGAAAUUCCCCUUCCACUCAUGCUGCACUAAAGAUUAAUAUCGGAAGAAAAAAUAUUCUCUUAUCCCGCUGUGGUGAGUGAGGCUGAAAGGAUACCCUAAAUGCAAAAAGGAUUUCCUCCAUGAAGAAUGUAUACAGGAAAGCAGAUGAUUGCUGCUGUACUAGGCCCUAUAAUCACACAUACUGAGUAGUAGCCCUUACAUAUAUUUUUAUAAGCAUAGAACUAUUACUUUGUGGUGUGAAGUGUUACAGGUAUCCAGAUAAACUGUGAAGAGCCAGAGCUGAUGAAUUUGGCCGAAGCAGGCUGGGAAACAAAAGGCUCCCUGUGCUUCCCAGGUUUUAAACUACUGAAAAAGAAGAUGGGGGGAAAAUUCAAAGAAAAUAAAAGGGUAUUGGUAAAUGCUGCUUUUUUUUCAGGGUAAUUCAAGUCUACACAAUUGCUGUUUUGAAAUUGUGGAAUUGUGAAUUGUGGUGAGGAGGAAGGAAAUUGUGAAUUGUGGUGAGGAGGGAGAAGUACUGUAUGAGCCUUAUUUAUAGAGUACAAUCUGCGGUGAUUUUACAAUCCCUGCUGCUUGUACAGUACUCACCAAGUCAUGUUAACACUGGUAAUUAAGUAAUUAUACCAUAUUACAGCAGAAAACUAGUGCUGCAUGCUUUUAUUAGGCCUUUGUGUUUUAAAGCUAAAAGUAAAGUAUGCUUUUAUAAAUGACGUUCCUUUAACUGAGCGUGACUACAGUGGAGUGGACAUAUGCCAAAUGCCAAAAUAUUCCAAAUUUCUCUUUGGAAGACUUGAGCUCAGCAAUCAUUAUGUAUAAGAAGUGUUUGCACCCUGUUCCUUAGGCCUUUCAGAUUCCAAUUAUGUGAAGAAUUCAUGAUGUUUACAGCACAGAUGGUACUUUGUGCCCCCAUACUGAUUUAGCUGAAAAUUAGUACACAAUAUUAGCUCUUUGUUAAGGGUUUAUUUGCACCUUGAUAAUAAACCAGCCUGUAUAAACUAGUAAAAUGGCAUAUCUUGAAA